AGCUCUCUGUUCCUGUUUCCACAGCAAAAUAAAAACCUUAUACAAGUCAAAGAACAUAAGAAACAAGACAAUGGCCUCUGUCACAAAUCAGAUGGCAAGUUUUUUGGGUAGAAUCUGCCAGUGAGCCUGGAGCAGUGCUUGGCUUGGGAAUCCGGUUUGUGAGGAAUUUUGGUUUGGGGGUUUUUAUUGGAAAAUGCCAUAGCAAUUCUAAGAAUAGGAAUUAACUGGCAAGGGAGAGAAAAGCAGACACUGCACUGAAAUCCCUGCUGUGCCUGACUAAGGCUGAGAAGUAAUCCUGGAUUUAUCGCACGAUACUGGAGUGUCCAGAUACUGACCUAGGUCUAUGCUGGGGAUGCCAAUACACAUUCAAGAUAUUGCAUCACUUUUAUACUUCUUUUUAUACUUCUUUAAUCCCAUUAUGUAAUGAGAAUACUUCUGAGACUUGGUUUCACAGGAAGUGAGGAGGGAUUUCCUGCCUAGCUGGUUAGUAGGAUGGGAAGGCAAGUUUCAAGGUAGCCAGCCAGAAUGCCGCAGCUGCGAAACCUGGCUCAUGCUUUUAGGAAAACUUUGAAGGAUUUUCAUAUCCUUCCCAGAGCUGCAAGAGUGCCAGUGUUGGUGGAGUUAGUGGUGGGGAAGCUGAUAACAAAGUUCCCCACUAUGAACACAGGCAUAGUGGAAUGACUCAAAUGACUCUCAUCUCAAUGUCCUUUGCAAAGGGUACUUCAGAGGAGAGGGGCUAUAAACUCUGGACACUUUUUAAGAAGGUAAAAUAUGCCUAUUGCUGUUUCAGCAUCUCUGUUCAAUCUCUGGCCCUGACAUCUUUCUGGAGGAGAGCUGAAGUCCUGCCAGUCUCUUCCUCCCCCUCAGAGGAAAAUGGAUUAAGCCAUUGCAAAACCCAUCUCUACUUCAGACAAACUGCAGUUGAAUUCAGUAUGGCAUCAGAAAAGACCACAAAAAAAGAUCUGCUAAAUGCUGAGGAACAGCAGCAAGCGAGUGCUGUCAAUCGGGUAACCAGCUUGCCCUUGCUCAACUCUGCAUUCAACCUGGUCUCAUCUGCCUACAACUACACCAAGGAGACACAUCCUUACCUCAGUGGUGUCUGCAGUGUGGCUGAGACUGUGGCUGCUGUCGCAGUAGGUAGCGUGGUUGGCGGGGCGCAGCCCAUCCUGAACCAACUUGAGCCACAAAUUGCACUUGUAAAUGAAUAUGCCUGUAAAGGACUGGAUCAACUGGAGGAGAACUUGCCUUUCCUUCAACAGCCAGCAGAUAAGGUAAUCUCAGACACCAGGCAGCUGGUUUCCACCAAAGUGACAUCUGCUAUGGAUGCUGCCUGUGAGGCAAAAGAAGCAAUGGCUGAUAAAGUGACUGAAGCUGUGGGCCUCACUAAAAAUGUUGUCGGGGACAGUGUCAAGCUGACUAGGUCAAUGGUCACCUCCACUGUUAACAGUGCUGUGGAGGCUGCCCAGGGUGCCAAGGACCUCAUGACUAACAAGGUGACAGAGGCAGUAGACCUCACUAAACACAUGGUGGAAGACAGUAUUGGACUGACCAAGUCUGCAGUUGCUUCUACUAUUGUCAAUGCUGCGGAGGCUGCCCAGGGUGCCAAGGACCUUGUGACUAACAAGGUGACAGAGGCAGUGGAUCUCAGUAAACACAUUGUGGAGGACAGCGUUGGACUGACCAAGUCUGCAGUUGCUUCUACUAUUGUCAAUGCUGUGGAGGCUGCCCAGGGUGCCAAGGACCUUGUGACUAACAAGGUGACUGAGGCAGUGGAUCUCAGUAAACACAUUGUGGAGGACAGUGUUGGACUGACCAAGUCUGCAGUUGCUUCUACGAUUACUGCUGCUGUGGGGGCUGCCCAGGGUGCAAAGGAUCUUGUGACCAACACGGUGACUGAAGCAAUGGACCUAACCAAAGGGGCUGUUCAGGAUGGUGUUGAGAAGACCAAAUCAGUGGUCACUUCUACAGUCAAUACAGCUCUGGAUGCUGCAUAUGGCACCAUAACUAGCAAAAUAAAUACAGCUUUGGAGCAGAGCAGAGAGGCUAUCCAGGAGGGUGUGGAGAAGACUAAUUCAGUGGUGACCAACAGCAUAAGCAAAGCCAAGGCAGUGAGCCAAGCAGUGGCAGGUGGUGUGGAAUCUGUCCUGGGCAUAUCAGAAGAUCUGGUGGAUCAGUACCUCCCGAUGACAGAGGAGGAACUAGGUAAACUGGCCACCACUGUGGAGGGAUUUGGUAUGGCUUCUGUGGAGGAGCAGAAACAGCAACAGAGUUACUUUGUGCGUCUGGGUUCCCUCUCUAACAAAGUCCGCCACCGAGCCUACCAGCACUCCUUGAACAAAGUGCAGCGCAUUAAGCAAAGCACCCAGGAUACUCUCUCACGACUACAGCUGGCAAUAAAACUGAUUGAAUCUGUGAAAAAGGAGGUUGGCCAGAAGCUUCUGGAUGGGCAGGAGAAGCUCCAUCAGCUGUGGGUGGACUGGAGCCUGACCCAACCCAAAGGAAACCAAGUUAAAACUGCCUCCCAAGCAGAGCAGGUAGAGUCACGGACUCUAGCUAUGCUGCGUAUCAUCACCCAGCAGCUACAACCUGUUUAUGAGAAUCUGAAAGCCAGCAUCCAAGGCCUCCCCAGCAACAUCCAAGAAGCUGUGUAUCAGGCCACUCGAAAUAUCCACAAGCUCCAUAGUUCUUUUUCCAGUGCUAUGUCUUUCCAGGACCUCUCCCCCACCACCCUGACCCAGAGCCAGGACUGUGUGGCAGAAGCCCGAAGGUCCCUAGAUGACUUGUUUGAGUAUGUAACUCAGAACACCCCUCUAAACUGGCUUGUGGGUCCCUUCAGGGCGAUAGCUAAAGUGUCACAGGAUAGCAGAAAGCAGAAGAAGAAAGCUUUGGUGACUGAUAUAAAAUCACCUAUGCUAGAAAAAGCUCCAUUGUCAAAGGAGGUGGCUAAGACACCCGAAGAGCCAAAGGGAGCAAACAGGAUCCUGGGGGAAGGGUGUGAAGUGGUAGAGAAGCUGGAAGAGAAAGCAGAGAAAGACACAGAGGUGGCACUGGCUGCAAAGGAGAUAAAAACUAAUGCACCAGAGGAAGAUCUCUGAAGAAUUCCAGCUCUUCUGGCCAAGGCUCCCUGGCUAGAACAGCAUUUUAUCUUUUAAUUGUGUGUCCAACUGCCAGUCGUGCCAAGACUUCCUCCUGCGCUCUCCCUGUCCCAGGCUGAGUUUACAGUAAGAUGUAGUUUGCAUGGAGACUUGAUAACCAAGGUGGGGUGAUUCCAUAUCUUGAUUUACUAUUUUUUUAAAUCAUGCUGCUGCACUGAAAGGCAAGAUGGGGACCUGUACUUCAGCUUUUUAAGUCAGCCCAGCUGUAUGUGUGAAUGGCUAAUUCUUGCUGAGACAAGUUGUGGGAGAGAACUGGUCUCAACUUAUUUUUAAUGUUGGAUUUGUUUUUAAUUCAUCCAAGCUGCAGAGAUCGAGAGGAUGAUGCGCUUGACCUUUGAUACCGUUUCCCUCCUUCUACAAGUUUAAAAAUAUGUGUUACAGACAUGACUUCCUUUCUGCAUGUUGUGCUUCCGGAGAGGCUCAGCCCUGCAGCAGACCACGAACAGCUGGGGGCAGGAGGCUGCUUCUCCAGAAGACACUUCUCGUUAUGGAUCAGCCAAACACUUUUUCUUUCAUAGAGAAACACUUAGCAA